AUGUACCUUGUACGGCGGUAUAGAACAUACUUAAUUAUUGUCGUGGCAUCGCCGACCUCGAAGAAAUCUCCUGCAAAAAAGAAGACUGCUGCUUCUAAAGCAUCCAAGUCUACCGCAUUGCAUCCGAGUACGGCAGUGAUGGUCACCAAGGCCAUCAAAGAACUCAAGGAGAAGAAAGGUUCGUCGUUGCCGGCCAUCAAAAAAUAUUUGGCUGCCAACUAUAAAGUUGACCCCGCCAAGCUGGCUCCAUUCAUCAGAAAAUUUCUAAAAGCGGCCGUCGCCAACGGUUCCGUGGUGCAGACCAAAGGCACUGGUGCUUCGGGACAUUUCAAGUUACCCGUCGCAGAGGCUAAACCGAAGAAAGUCGUUGCGAAAAAGAAAAAAUCGAUCGUYAAGAAAGUCAAAGCUGCCGGAACACCCAAGAAGAAGAAGCUCCCGGCCACCAAGAAACCCGCGACAGGUGAACCAGCGGCUAAAAAAGCAAAGAAGGCUGUUGCAUCCAAAAAACCAAAAACGUCGGUGAAACCGAAGAAGCCUUCGGCCAAAGCAAAAAAACCAGCUGCUGUCAAACCAAAAUCGAAAAAAACUCCAACUAAGAAAACUGCAGCCCCUAAGAAGAAGUAAACACCUAUCUUCCAGCCCCCCCCCCAUCUUUCUAAAACGGUCCUUUUCAGGACCACCAAUAU